CGGACAGUGAACCGAGUUGCUAAAAUAUUAACAUGAAAUUCGCAGCUUGUUUGGGUUUUGUUACCUUGGCAGCAUUUUUGAUGCAGAGUGACGCGAACCCUCAUGGAGGUCUUCGUACUUUGUCGGACUUAGGAAAUGGUGGAAUAAUUUUGCUACAUACGUCAGGAAUCGAAAAAGGACAUCAACAUACUGCGAAUGGUUUUGGAGGGGGACCGGGAGGGGGACCGGAAGGGGGACAGGGAGGGGGUCAGAGAGGGGGACAGGGAGGGGGACCGCCACCAACAACUGCAGCCACAACUACAACAACAGCGUCAUCAGGAUAG